UCCAGGUGUAAAAUGGUCAUUCACUUGUUGCCUCAGUCGUCUUUUCCUUGUUCGAAGCUGUUGUAAAUGGUCACACACUGAAUUCUCUCUGUUUCCCUCAGAAAUUCCUAUAAAUCCAGUACGUGAAGAGGGAAUUCAACGAAGAAAUUCGGGAAAAAAUGAAAAAAGAUAAGGAAUUGGUAAUGGAAAACCCUAGUAGAAAUGAGGAAGAAGAAGAUGAUGAUUAUGAUAAUCAAAGAGCAGCAGCUUUCCCAUCCUCCACUCGCAACGCUUCCUCCAAGUACGAUUUCGUUAAGGUGAAGGUGUGGUUGGGUGAUAAUGCCGAUCACUAUUACGUGCUAUCCAGAUUUUUGCUUAGUAGAAUGUUAACUGUCACUAAGAUUCCGAAUCACGUGGCUAUUAAGAUUGCUCUUGAACUUAAAAAGUUGCUUAUUGACAAUAGCCUUCUUGAUGUCUCACAAUCCGAUUUAGAAGCCAAUUUAUUUAAGCUUAUGGAGCGGCGAGGUUAUGGGGAAGAAUAUAUAAACCGCUACAAAAUGAUGACAAGAUUUCAUCAUCAAAGGGUGCCUUUGGUUAUACUCGUUUGUGGUACUGCAUGUGUGGGAAAAUCUACAAUUGCUACUCAGCUUGCUCAACGGCUAAACUUGCCAAAUGUUUUGCAGACUGGCAUGGUGUAUGAACUCCUACGCACAGCAACAGAUGCACCAUUAGCAUCUUCCCCUGUGUGGGCUAGAGAUUUCAGCUCUUCUGAGGAACUAAUUACUGAGUUUUGUAGAGAAUGUUGGAUUGUUCGUAAAGGUUUGGCUGGUGAUCUAAAGAAAGCAAUGAAAGAUGGGAAGCCAAUUAUAAUUGAGGGAAUGCAUUUGGAUCCAAGUAUCUACUUAAUGGAUGAUGAAAAUAAAUUAUCAACAGCCUUGCCAACAAUAGAUAAAGAGAAGUCUUUGGAGAAUGAUAUAAAUGGAAGGGAAGUUGAGAAUGAUUCGAGUACCGAAUAUGGUAAUCAAGCCAAGAAUGAUUCCAGUCAUCAGGAAGGGAGAUCAGGGGAAAUGGUAUCUGCCGUAGAUGGAGUUGCCGAUGAUCUGAAAUCUUUGGAUAUAGGUAGCUGUCUACUUGAUAAUAAGGGUGAAACUGUUAAAGAUUCUGAAGCAGACAAGGCUCCUUCAGUUAAAAGAGAAAAGUCUGGUCCUGAACCCAUAAUAGUUCCAAUAAUCCUAAAGAUGGCCGACUUUGAUCAUAAGGCAUUGCUAGAGGAAUGGAUAUCUACUCGUAGCUGUGAAAAAUAUCCAAUUAAGGACAAAGAUAAGCUAAUAAGCAACUUAAAAACGAUCCAAGAUUAUCUCUGUUCAUUUAAGUCACAGGGUUUAACAGUUAUCAACAUAUCUGCAACAACCUUCCCCCAAACACUGGAUUGGCUGCACAAUUAUCUUCUUCAGUGUAUUGAGCAGGGUACAUCGUCCGUUUCUAGUGGGAAUCAUGGGCAGAUGGUGGGAAAUUAGAUUGCAUUGAUGAAUUUAAGAAGAGCUUGCAUCACUAUUUGGCAUAUGUGGCUGAGAACAGGAUACUGGUGAGUUGGUAAGUUUACCAGAUCAAGCUCUGCCUGUUGGAGAUCCAAGACUUAGCUUGAAUAAACAAAGUACAUAGUAACCGGAGAUUACCUUCAUUGGAUUCCGACCCCUCCGCCCACAACUCUUAUUGUAAGCUCAUGUAUUGGUUGUAAUUGCAGAUUGCAUUCUCUAAAGAUGUGGCCCAUCUGAACAUAUUGAUAGUGUAAGUUAUAAAAAACAGGAAAAACCACCCAUAUAGAAGGGUUUUCAAUCUUUAAGGCUUUCAUAUGCUAUGAUAAAUAAAUCUGAAUUCCAAAUUGUUCUAAGUUUUAAUGCUCCAAGUGUAUGUCUAUGAUCUUUGGUCAAUUUAGAAAUCAUCUGUGUCGAAUUGGUUUA